GAGACAAAUACAGUUAGAAACAGUUGGCUUAAAAACAAAGCACCAAAACGGCUAAUUUUUAGCGGAGCUGGUUAAAGCAGGGAGGGCUUUUGCUGGUUGAGAGCGACGAGAGAAUUUGGCCCAAAUUUUUUUCACAAUUUCUGGUGCAGAAAUAUGGAUCUGAGAAGUUGAUCUUGGAAGUUUCCUAAAGCAGAUCACUCUUAAGGCAUUCGUGAUAAUCUGCAGCCUUUUUUUCAUAGGUAACUUCUAGCAUGGACCUUCCUGAAACUAGCACGGAACAUGUAACAGAGAAGAUAGAAGAUGGUAAAGAGGGAGGUCCCUCAUUCCAUUGUGAUCUUUACGAUUUGGAAAUAGUUCACAAGAUAGCUCAAGCUUUCCUCCCGGGGCUAGCUACAGCUUGUGUUGACAACACAACCGGUGAUAUCUUCAAGAGCCCUGCUUCAGUGGCUGUUGAUAUGAGAAAAGAAAUGGUGGAGUAUAUUACUCAGAGAAGUGAAAGUUUUGUUGCAGAAUCUGUUAUCCUAGAAGGUGGUCCAGAAGCAGAAGCAUCUGACCAUCCCUACGAUAUCAUUUCUGAUUUUGUUGAUGAGUUUGCAAGUUCGAAGAGAAACUUAUUUAGUAGGGUCUCAGGAUGGCUCCUAAGUGAGAAGAGAGAAGAUAAGAUAGAUGAUUUUGUUCAAGAGAUGGAAAUUAAUGGGUUUUGGUUGAUUGAUAAAAGGGAAGUGAUUGCACAAACUUUGCUUAAGAAUGUUGACUUCAAGACUGAAUAUCACUGUGACAUGAAGUUUGACUCUGCAGAAGAGCUUGCCAAACAUGCUCAGAACUGCAGCUUUAGGUCCAUGUCUUGCGAAAGUGAGGGGUGUAAUGCCAUAUUUUCUGCGAGGCAUUUGGAAAAGCAUGAUUCUUCAUGUCCCUUUAAAAUUAUUCCAUGUGAACAAAAUUGCUCGGAAGAACUCAUGAGACGCGAGAUGGACAGGCAUUGCAUUACUGUUUGUCCAAUGAGGCUUGUGAACUGCACUUUCUAUGCAGUGGGUUGUCAGUCACCUAUAUCUUACUGUAAGCUUGAGCAACAUCGUUCAGAUUAUCUUCAUUCCCACAUGCUCUAUAUUCUUCAAACUAUUUACAAGGAAGCUUCAGUUGAGGAUCUUAAACCACGAGUCGAGCAACUAGAAAAGGCAUCAUUGUAUAACGAAUUAGCAGAAGCUCGAAAUGUAAGAUCCUUAACCUCAAAAAUCAAGGAUCUUGAAACAAAGCUGGGGCCGUUCGAAGUUAAGAGCAAGCACUUGGAUAAUGAAGAAGCAAAAGUGGAAACUUCUUCGAGUCCUAUAAGUACUUUAGAGGAGGCUGAAAGCUGAAUUCAGAGUGGUCAAUUAUACUAUGCUAGCAAACCUUGUACAUGAAAUGAAAAAUAGUUCAAUCUUAUCAAAGUGGCCAUUGCAAUUUUUCCCUUGGAUAUCCCCGUACUCUCUUGAGCCCUUUGGUUGUUAUGUUUCUUCCUCAUCCACCAUUGUUUUUUUACUUUUUUUAAUAAUUUUUUUACUUUUUAGAAUAGCUUUAUAUAGCCUCUUGUUUUUAUUUUUGUCCUUUUACCUGAGAAAGUAUAUAGGGCUUGUUCAAUUUGGAUAUUUUGUAAUGACAAUUGGUCUUACAGAGGGAUUUUUUGUUUUU